AUGACACGAGAAGCUGUCAACUAUUUCUGGUGUCGUUUUGUUCCCUCAGACUCAAGGGUCGCAUCAUGUGGCACGUCUGGCAUGGAUAUGUCGCUUGCAACUAAAGACGAUGAUGAUGAAGAAUGGCUCGACCCAAAGGAUACUUCGUACUGCCCAGAUGAAGCUUCUGGAGGCGACAUGUCUUUCAACAUUGUGGAAGAGCCAGAAGUUGGGACUGCAGAAGAACCGAAGUAUGUUGUCUUUGAGUCCUGUCUCAAGCAGUUGCUCCAAAGGUGCCCGCAGUGCUCAGCCCCAGACUGUGAAGUUUCCCUUAGCUGCAUUGGCACUAUGGUGAAGGCAACUAUCAGCUGUCCAAACUCCCACAUCACAAAGUGUCCAACACAACUGCUUCGAAUGUUCUCCUUCAUGGGCAUUAGAACCAUACAGAAGACACAGUUCUUCAAGUUCCAGCGUUGUUACAUGCUGCCUGCUGUUACUGAGGUGUGGCAGUUAGAGCAAUCACAGCUGCUGCAACAGUUGAAGGGAAGGGAGCUAUGCCUCGCCGGUGAUGUCACCGAAGUUAGUUCCAGCAACCGCAUGGAGAGGGAAGGCCUAGAGCGAGCCCUGACGUUCCUCAACCAGCAGGAUGUGUCCAUCUCUAUGCUUGUCACUGACAGGCACACUGAGGUGAAAGCAUUUAUGAAGCGGACCUACCCUACCAUAAGACAUCGGUUUGAUGUGUGGCAUGUUGCCAAAGGCAUAAAAAAGAAACUGGUUGCAGCAGCUGCGGGUAAAAGGCACAACGUUAUUCAGAAAUGGUGCCCAACCAUCGUGCGCCAUCUUUACUGGUGUGCACGUAGCAGCAACGACGAUGGAGCCUUGGUGCUAGCAAAGUGGAGGACCAUACUACGACAUGUGCUAGAUAUACACGAGCACCCAGACUCCCUGCACCCAAAGUGUGCCCAUAGCGACUUAGGGGAACGUCUGUGGCUGGACGAGGCUGCAGCUGCUUUACACUACAAGUGUGUCGAGUUGUACAUUGCUUUCUGA